UUGGCAGUGUAUCUGAUUUGGGCGCUCAUCCCAACGCCCUAUCUCGAACUCCUCCAUUUGACGUAUGUGCCAGCGAAGUACUGGGCAGUUGCACUGCCACUGCUUCUCCCAAUAACCGUUGCUGCAUUUGUCAUCUUCGUUUUCGCGCACAAUCUCAUCCGGUUACAUGGCAUUUUCGAGGACAUUGAGCCUUUUCCACCCACACUCUCAGCAACACGAUUGCGAGGGACUCAGCAGCGGCGUCAGCCUUCACGACGAAAAAUGCAGCUGCCGAAAGAUAUGCCAGCAAAAACCGUUUCAACUUCAAAAAUUGGCGAAAUUGUUCGAAAACGAUUGGAGAUGUCUGCGAGCGCUGCACAGGCAUCCUCGGAUAGCAUCAGCCUGGAUUCAUUAUCUGCUGGCAAAUUUCUGCAGUAAGU